AUGGACUUUGAGGAAAGGUUACAAGAAGUGCGGGAGAGAAUGCAAGAACACAAAGUGACACAUUACUUCUCUGCAUACUCCGACCCACACAUUUCAGAGUUUCCAAAUUCCUCUUUUCUUCAUUUGGAGUGGUUGUGUAACUUUAAAGGGUUAUAUGGGUAUGUAUUAAUAACACAUACGAACGCAUAUUUAUGGACUGAUGAGAUAUACUAUGAUAGUGCAGUCAAACAAGUCCCAACUCCAUUAUGGAAAGUAUAUAGUGAAAAUGACACAGAUGGUCCGAUGGACAUUCUAAUGAAAUCGAAAAGGAAAGUAGUCUUAGCGCUGAAUUACAGCACUACACCAGCUUAUUUAUUGGGGGAAUGUCUCGACGAAAAAAAUGUGAGAACAAUCGACUUAGACGUCUUAGAUGAAUUAAAUAAGAAACAGCUGGUCUUCUCACCACUCUCAUUCUUUAGAACAAAGUACAGUGUGACAGAAAGACUCGACAUCUUCAAAAAGUCACGAAAGAACAACGUCAUUGUGUUGACUUCACUUGUUGAUGUGGCGUGGGUGUUUAAUAUCAGAGGAGAUGACAUUUUAUACUCUCCACUUGCUUUGGCCUUUGCAAUAUUAACACCAAAGCGUAUCAUGUUCUUCUGUGGUACUACUGAAACCCUCAAAUAUCAACAAUUCCCAGACGAAUUUAAAACGCUGAAUAUUGAGAUCUUCCCAUACGCCAAUUUUUAUGGUGUGUUGAACAAAGAAUUGCACAACGUGAAUCUCACAGUUAGAAUAAGAGAGAAAUUUACUUCUUUCAAAAUACUCGAAAUGGCUAGAAAGGCAAAUGCUGAAGUCAAAUUCACGAUUCGAGACAUCGAUAAUUGGAUGGGGGUGUGUCCGAAUGGUGAUGUUGAACAGUUGAAGAAAGCGCAUAUCGAAGACUCGUUGAUUUUAUGUCAGUUUUUUGCACAAAUAGAACAGCACUAUAAUACACAAAAAGAGGAGAAAUGCACUGAUUUCCAGUUGUGCGAAUUAUUGGAGACAUUACGAAAGAGCAAUCCAGACUACGUCUACCCAAGUUUUGCUUCAAUCAUUGCUAACGGCCCAAAUGCUGCCAAUUUACAUUACCAACCAAAUGAACACGCAUGUUCCGAAAUUGAUUUCAAUCGCCCUAUUCUUUUUGAUGUCGGCGCACAAUACAAAUCGGGAGCGACAACGGACGUCACACGAGUGUUAUGUGUUGGAGAUGUUACAGAGGAAGACAAAAAAGUGUAUACGGCUGUACUUAAAGGACACAUCGCUCUUCAAAAAGAACAAUUCUCAGAACACACACGAUUCGAAAACAUCGACAAAGUCUGCAGAGAUGCUAUUAAAAGGGUUGACACUACCUUUGAGUAUGAACACGCUACUGGACACGGUGUCGGUUGCUUCUCGUCAGUCCACCACGACCCAGACACGUUUGCAGGGAGAGCGGCUUUGGACGUCGGGAGAAUGACUUCUGUGGAGCCGGGAUUGUACUUCAAAGGCAAUUUUGGUGUGCGUAUUGAGAACGUUUGCAUUGUCGAAUACACCACAGCCUCACAAAACGACAAAGAACUCAAACAUACUGAAGAGAGAAGCUUAGUCCAUCUAGUCCCACUUACUUAUGUGCCUUAUUGCUUGAAAGCAAUUCAAAAGGACUUGUUGGACAGUACAGAAAUCAAUUAUUUGGACCAAUACUCACAAAGAAUCAGAGAGUUAGUCCUUCCUCUAACACAAGACCCAAUUACAAAGAAAUGGAUUGAAGAAAAUACUAUACCAUUAUAA